GCCGAGGAGGCGGCGAGAAGCUGCUCUCGCGUUUGGGCGGCGAUGGCCAGCAGCCGCGGGCAGCCGCCUGCUCCGGCGGGGCAGCCGCCGGCGCAUAACGCAGCGGGCGUCCGGCGGCCAACACCCACGGCGUCGCCGCAGGCACAGACGCCCGCCCGCCUCUCGUCCGGGCCCCAAGACGUGACCAAGGACUGGCGCUGCCGCUGCGGCACCAUCAACAAGGCGGGCACCUACCUCUGCUCCUCGCGCUCUUGCCACUGCUACUUUUGCCUCCGCUGCGGCCAGACGGGCCACCAGCAGCGCUUCUGCCGCCUCGCGCCCCCGCCCGACAGCGCGCCCGCCUCCCGCGGCGCGCCUCUUGGGCCCGGCUCCGAGACUCUUCCGGCGUGGCGCCCGGGGCAGCAGCAGGAUGUCACGCGCGACUGGCGAUGCAAGUGCGGCGUCGUCAACAAGGCGGGCUCGUUCAUCUGCGCGAAGCGAGGCUGCCGCGUCUACUUUUGUCUGCACUGCGGCGGCCUCGGCCACCAGCAGCGCUUCUGCCGGCAGGCCGGCUCAGCAGAGGCCCCCCCAAGCGGUGGCUCAAGCGGCGCGAGCCCUGCCGCGAGCGCCGCGGCAGCUGGGGCGGGCAGGGAGGGAAGUGGGAGGGAGCGGCGCGGCCCAGCAGCCUCGAAGCGAGCGGUGGAGCCGGACGAGUCCGUGAGCGAGUGCGUCGUCUGCAUGGACGCGCCGAUCCAAGUCACGCUCUUCCCGUGCAAGCACAACAUCACUUGCGCCAGCUGCACGUACGCCCUCCUCCAGCACAACAAGCCGUGCCCCUUUUGCGCCGUCGAGAUUGCGUCCACGGACAUGAAUCGUACGCCUUGGAGUCACGUCGGCUGAGCGCACUGUCCACCCCGAAGUGCGCGGGGGGCAUGUCACAUGCCGCCGGACCGCCGGGACGUCCGUGUGCGAUACGGCUCUAGGUGCGACACUGGUCCCACGGCACGUGUGAGAAAGAGCCCCUCCGACCUCCGUGGACCGUGCGCGGUCGGUGUCGCCGCGGUGUCGCGCGCGUGCGCGUGGCCGUGGCCGCGCGCACAAAGAGAGCGCCCGCCUCGAUAGCGUUCGGUGGCUAGCGGCCCUUGCCUUCGGCGCUUCGCGCUCGUCUCGCGGGCUGCGCCGCCGCGUCUCGCUAGUUUUUUCCCACACAUGUCCUAGUUUUCCUC